UCUAUCCAUAGGAACCCCAUCAUUUUUACUUCAUGAUUUUAGAAAUAGAAGGAUUUCAGCAUUAAAAACAAUAAUAAAAAUCGGGUGUCGAAGUUUGUACGGACGAGGUUGAACGAGUGAAGAAGUGAGGUUUAAAGUAGUGGUUGUUUGAAAUGAUGUGGCAUGUUGGAUGGACCACCCAAACCGUUGUAGAUGCUCUAAUAAGGGGCUUUAUCCUGACCCGUGUCUUUCUUGUUGAAUAUUUUUGGUGUGACAAGAUCUUUAACUUCCGAUCAUAUGUUGAUGGAUUUAAAAAAAUACAAGUUGGAUAUUGAGGUGGGUAGUCGGAAGGUUGUUUGGAUGAAACCAAAAGUAGAAUGUUACAAUUUCAAAAUGUCUUCGUCAAACCCAUAUUUUAGUGAUUUUCCCUCAAUUAAUUAUUGUCAUAAAUCCUUCAUUUUCUGUUCCUUCUAUCUAUAUAUACAUGGUUUGUUAUACUACAAGUUAUACUCAACUCCUCAUAACUAUUCUCAACUUCAACGUAUCUCUCGAUCAAAUAAUCUGUUUCUUCCCUGGAAACAUGGUUAUGGAUUACAAUGAAACAAUCGUAUAUCUUAAUCUUGUGCAAAACCUAACGAAUAUCAGCACUUCUGAUGUUAAUGUAUCAAAGUUGUUUGAUUAUAUAGAGCCUAUAUACAAACAUGAGCUGGAAGACAGUUACAGCGUACCUAUGGUAGUGAUUGGAUGGUAUAUCGCUGCCGCUUCUCUGUGGUGCGUCGUUUCAAUGUUUGUAGAUGUAGUACAUGGUUUCAAAAGCAACAAGCUUUGGUUUCCAUGUACAUGGUUUACUAUUAAUGCUUUUACUCUUACUGCAAUAGCUAUUGCAAUGAAGUUACCCGUGGAUCUAAGUGGUUCCAUGCCUGGUGUUGUGGACCAAGUGACAAAGCUUGGAAGCAUGGCCUUUAUGUGCACCAUGAUGGCAAAUUUAUUGCCUUGUUUAGCAACCAUGGACAGCAAAGAGCUUUUGGCAAACGUCACAGCUUUGGUUGUUUUGGUAAUCACCUUGGUUAUCAAUGUUGGCAUUCAAACUCAUACGGGUGUUAUUGUAAAGAAGGGAAAAGAGGUCGAUAGACCUCUUGAAAGUCUCUCUUCCCGGGGAAAUGGUCCUCGGGAAUUAUUUGAAGUGGCAAAUCUAACCCUAGGAAAUCUCACUGCUGCCACCAAGAAAAUGGAAGUACGAGUCAUAGGAUCAAUUAGCUAUGUUACUAUAGCCAGAAUUUAUGUAAUUUUCCUAGUCUUGUUGUUGAUAAUAUAUGCAAGUUCAUCUUUAGCCAUUCCAAAAAUAAAAAAUAUUAUACAACAAAAGUACCGACAAGCAGCUUCAGAGGACGUUCCAUCAACAACUUCAGAUGACGACAUUCGACAAUCAGAUACAAGAAACUUCUUAACCGUCAAGAAGCUACAUCAGCAAGUGAGCAACUACUGGAUAAUGGCAGGAAGUGGCAGCCCCCAAUUUAUGUCAGCUUGCUCUGCGACAACCACUGCUUCUGGGGUAAUAUGUAUUUUGACCUUCAUCAUUCAUGCUCCAACUAUCGUUUUCGCAAUAAUCAAUGAAGGGAAUCGCAAAUUUGGUUCAGAUUAUCAGAGGUCUGUGGUAGUCAUUUUCAUAGUACAAUCUAUGGGAGUCGUAAUAGGUACACUUGCACCACUUAGUAGAUGUGUAGUAUCUAGGCAUGUUAAGCUCGUCUUUACAGUAGAGGAAUACUGGACUCAAAUGUUACAUGACUGGAAAAACUCAAGGAUUUCUAAUCAUGGAACAAUGUCUAGUAUUUCACUCCCAUUUCGUGGCCACAAACUCAAGGUGGUCAUCAAGAAUUUGAAAAACCCGAUUCUCAACUUCUGCAUAAUACUUCAGAAGGGAGUUGUGAUAGUAUGCAAGAGAACAACAUUUGUUGUAGCGUUUGUUCUAGAUCCGGUGUGCAAGAUAACAACAUUUGUUGUAGUGUUUGUUCUAGAUCUGGUGUGUACUUCAAAAGGAACACGGACUGGGAACUUGGAACAACGCAAAUAUGUUUUGCAACUUGAAAAUGAAGACGAGCUUGCUGAUAAAACGCUGGAAGGUCUUCUAAAGUCUUUGGACCUAUUGAUCCUAAAGGGCGAAAAGAAACAUCCCGAAAAUCUCAUGAAGCUAAUUACUGAAAAAUCUACUAAGGGUUUUGAAGGAGUUAGGAAGUAUGACAAAAACGAUCAUCAAGAUUGCUGGAGCUUACCAGUGGUAACACUAACAACCAUUGCUGUUACUCUUCCUAACAUCGAAAAGGUGGAAGUUAAAAGCUUGUUGAAAAGUGUCAGGGAAGGUCUUAAAUAUGUCACACUUGUGGAAAAAAACCUCAAUGCUACUGAUGAAAGCAUUCAAAAGGUGGCUGCAAGGCUGUGGGAAGACGUUGAUCUCCGCCACAAAUGGUUAGGAAUUGGCUGGAAAGAUAUUGCUUCUCAAGUGAAUAAAACUACUUCCCAAGUAGAUACAGCACUGCAAGUUGUUAAAUUGUUUUCGGAAAAAGCUAAGAACAAGAUCAACAAAGCGGUGGGAAGUCAAGAUGAUGAUCCCAGAUUCACGUCUAUUUGUGCAACCUCAAUGUUUGGUGUUACUGAAACAAUCAUUGGUGAGAAGGAAAGCAAUAAGAGAUUAUUUGAUGAAUUAUCAUCAAGAAUCGCUGACAUAAUGGCUGCAUGUCUCACCAACCUACCCCAAGUCAUAGCAAAGAAAUGUCACACUAGUGUGAUAGAGAAAAGGGAGGCUAGUGUUGAAGCUGCAGCCAUACUUCUAGGUGAGACUAAGUCGAUAAUCAACACCCUUCAAGGCCCCCUUCAAGACAAUUAUUUAAGUAUGACUACAAACGACUUGCCGUCCAUUAACAAAUGGCGUGCUCAUCUAAUUGAACCCUGAAUCACAUCCGUUCUUCAAGUAAUGAAUGUGAAGCUGAAAUGAUUCUCAUGGACCAACACAUUUACAUCUCAAAGUAAAACCGAUGAGAUCAAGAUCGAAUUCAUAUGCUCCCUUAUAAAGUAUGUUGUAUUUUGGUUUCUAGUUAAUUUGUAAAAAUAAGUUCUUCUGGCGAAGUUCUUGGUUGUAAUAAGUUUACUUGUAAGAUAUAUGUUGCUUGUUAUAUGUAUUUGAUUUUUUUGGGUGGUUCGAGGAAUGUUUUGAAUAUUUUCA